CCCUGCCACGGUACAGACCCGGGUUCGAUUCCCGGCUGGUGCAUUAAUGUUUUUCAAAUUUUCCAGUUCUUUUUGUUUCUCUCUAAAAUAUGAAUCUUGAAGCCACAUUUUCUUUCCAAGCCAAGAAUCUAACAUAUGAAAAAGAUAAGAAAACUUAUAUAUAUUACUUAAAUCAUGAACAAGAAUACUUUACUUUCACCAAAGAAACAGAUAUACUCACUUCCUAGGCCCACUUUUUGUCUACAAAUAUAUGCAUUUCUCUUGUCAUACUUGCUAGCUUUUGUAAUCAAAUCAUUCACAAAAACAUUAUGGGGAUGGUCAUGAGUUACAUGGGAGGAACAGGUGAGGGAAUAGCCUCCCAAACUUUAAGUCUUGUAUCAGGAGCACUCUAUGAUCAAUUUAUUGAGAAAGAUAUCAAAAACUUUGAUGCCUUCCACACUGCUACUCUUGAUAUCUUCAGCAUUGUCAACAUGGCCUUGCCUGGUAAGCAUUAUGAUGCACCAUCAAACAAGGAAAUUGAGGAAUUUUUUAAACUAUGGAAUAAAUCAGAGGAAGAACAAAAGAAAACAAUUUUCACCGAAUUCGUGAUUAAGAAUGUAAAUAUCAGCAAAGUAGACAAUUCUAUGAUGAUCACUGGAGUAGUUGCACCUCCAGCAGCUAUGGUAGCCAAAAGAUCAGGACAAUCUUUGCCUCAGCUAAGUCUCAUGAAAUCCAUACCUGAUGUUGUCUUUGUCCCAACCGCUACCAUUUUGGCUCUCAUUGCGGUAAAAGUUACCAAAAGAAUGACAUUCAAGAAACUGAAUCCUACUUAACUUUCAAUCCUUAUGUAAUCGAAUUACUAAUCAUGAAUUGGUUGUAAUUGUGCAAUAUUAAGCAUGUUGUUUAUACGGUUUCAUUCAAUCAAACCCGCGUCAAGAAUGUUUCGUGUCAUUCUUGUCACCUUAGACUAAU